AUGUCGGCCUCCCCUACGAGCUCGAACAGCUCGCACACCAACGGCGUCAACGGCCACAGCAACGGCAACGGCAAGCCGCUGAGCGCCGCCGCGCGCUUCGCCAAAGCCGAGAGCCACCCACACACGGCCGCCCCGACCCCCGGCGCCGAGUACCACUUUGGCACGCGCCUGGUCCACGCCGGCUCCGAGGCCAGUGACGAGACCGGCGCCGUCAUCCCGCCCAUCAGCCUGUCGACGACAUACAAGCAGAGCGCCGUCGGCGUGCACAAGAUCUUGUGCAUCGAGCACGCCAUGGCGGGGAUGGAAUGGCGUGCCCCCAAAGAAGAGAGUGGGAGCGAACCCGUUUCAGACGCCGAACUGUUGUUAAGCAUGCUGCGGAUCUGCGUGUGUGUGCACCCCAGGAUCUCCGCAAUCGGCAUGUGGCAAAAUCCCAUCUCCCCAGCACUAACCCGUCCGCAGGGCUUCGAGUACACACGCUCGCUCAACCCCAACCGCCUCGCAUUCGAGACCCUCAUUGCAUCGCUUGAGCUCCCGACUCCCCUCCAGCCCGUCAGCGCUUCGGGCGGCGCUCUUCCGCCCGCGCUGGCCUUUGCGUCCGGCUCGGCAGUCACGCAGGCGAUUGUGACCUCGCUCGUCCCGCAGGGCUCGCACAUUGUGUCCGUCGGCGACGUGUACGGCGGCACGUACCGCUACUUUACCAAGGUGGCCGCGACGCAGGGCAUCAAGACGUCGUUUGUGCACAUUUCCAUCCCGGACGGCGUGGAGAAGGCCGACAGCGCCGGCAUCCAGGCCACCCUCGACGCGGCGUUUACGCCCGAGACCAAGCUCGUGUGGGUCGAGACGCCGACGAACCCGACCUUGUCGAUGAUUGACGUCGCGCUCGUCGCGCGCGUCGCGCACGCCCACGGCGCCCUCGUGGUCGUCGACAACACCUUCCUCAGCCCAUACUACCAGCAGCCGCUGCGCCUCGGCGCCGACAUUGUCGUGCACUCGGUCACAAAGUACCUCAACGGCCACUCGGACGUCAUCAUGGGCGUGCUCGUCACGCCGCACGAGGACGUGCUCGCCAAGCUCCGCUUCUAUCAGAAUGCCGGCGGCGCCGUGCCCGGUUCCCACGACUCGUGGCUGGCGCAGCGCGGCGCCAAGACCCUCGCCCUCCGCAUGGUCCAGCACGGCACCAACGCGCUGGCCAUUGCGCGCUGGCUCCAGGCCCAGCCGUGGGUCAAGAAAGUCAUGUACCCGGGUCUGGAGGGCAAGGAGCGCACGGCCGUGCGCGAGCUCGCAUGGCGCCAGCUCUCGCCCGUCGCGAAAGACAAGCUCAUCGAGGGCGGAUACACGGCCGCCUCGGGCUUUCCCUACGGCGGCAUGGUGUCGUUCAUCCUCGACACGCAGCGGCUGGCGGCGGCGCGCGCCGCCGUCGACACGUCGUCCAAGUUCCUCGCCGCGCUCGAGGUGUUCACCCUCGCCGAGUCGCUCGGCGGCGUCGAGUCCCUCGCCGAGCUGCCCAGCGUCAUGACCCACGCGAGCGUCAGUGCCGAGGCCCGCGCCCAGCUCGGCAUCACAGACGAGCUCAUCCGCCUGUCGGUCGGCAUCGAGGACGUGCGUGACCUCCAGGCAGACAUUGUCCGCGCCGUCGAGGCCGCACAGCUUUGA